CCCAGUCGAAUUCAUGUUGCUUGUUGUCUGCGUGUAAAGGAGCCACUCCCUCCUUUACCUAAGUGCCUGUUGCGUUCCAAGUCUGAAACAUGCCCACACUCCAGAGUAACUUCCUGUUCACUCUUGCGCAAAGCUCUAAAGGAACGGGUUGCCCCUGUCGUCAUAAUGCCUCGACUUCGCGCGCAUUGUUUGGUGCAAGCGGCGGAAACGUUUGUUCCGAUUGGCCGGGAUCGCGAUGGUGAUUGACCAAUGGUGUUCGGUGGUGGGUGAGAGCGCGAAGUGGGUUGUGUAGUUGAUGACGGAGGAGGUGAAUGUUCUGGAAAGUUGGCGUAUCUGAAGAAUUCUGAUUUUAUCAUUUGGAAUAUCUGAAUUUAAAAUGGGUUCCAUUUCACUGAACUACCAAGAAUAAUGUUCUAUUGCAUCACUGAGUUAGAUGUUAGAGCAGAAUUCAAGGAAUGCCAUGUAUGAUUUUGCAGUCUCCUGUCGAGAAGAUUUGGGACCAUUAUGUCAAAAUUGGUUUGAGGAACUUAGUUUGUCGGCAGCUUCUAACCAUCUUAAACAACCUAGAAAUGACACUCAUAGCUUUAUUUCAAGUUAUUUCAAAACACCGUGGCAGAAGCAGACUCUGCACAGCCAGCUGGAUUGUACUCCUUCAAUUUUCAGUGGUCUAACUUUAAUAACUCCGUCAGUAUCCAUGACAGAAAAAGGGACAGAAGAAACUUGGUUGAAAGGGGGAAACAGUUAUUCCUCUGUGAAGCAAAGAAUUAAAACGCUGUACAAGACAAAUGGGAAUGAAAACUCGAAUCCAGCCUCUGAGGUCUCUUUAAUAAAGAGCCCUAUUCUGUUGCAUAAUACAUGCAGGACUCCACAACACACUUAUUCCAUACAAGAUGGUGGACGUUCAUUGUUCAGCCCUCCAGUAUCAUCUGAGGUCACGUCAAAGCGGAUUUCGGAAAGUCUUGGGGCUGAGGUGGAUCCAGACAUGUCUUGGACCAGUUCAUUAGCAACUCCUCCAUCAUUGAAUCCAACAGUCAUUAUAUGUAAAGCCAAAGAAAAUAACUUGCCUCAAGACAGGCUGAAGGAAGUACAAGUGCCUUCACUUUUACACAGCAAUUUAAAUACACAAUGCGAUGCAUUUGCUGUUGGUUUAAACAGUGCCUGUGCAAUGCCUGUAAUUGGGGAGGAGGAAAGUGAAGACGUGGAAGCUGUUAAUCAGAAUCAUGUGUCUGAAGAUGACCCCGCCUGCUUAUCUAAAAGGAAAAGUGAAGAUGGGAAGCCAUUUAUUUCUAGGACUGUGUCUGAUGACUCAGUGUCUUUCACUGAGUCCACACAUUUGGGACUAAGAAGAGUGAAAUCCUGUUCUAGAAAGAGAAAGCAAAACUCUACAGUUGGCAAUUUUCAAUCAAACGCUACUAAAACUUUAGCACCUUCCUCUGCUGAUGAAAAGUGUUUGGAAUGCAUCGUGGCUGAAUCAGACUGCAAUGUGUUUUCAAAUAACUUGACUCUUAGUCCAGUUAAAGAAUGCUGUAAGAAACAGAUUGUUUUGAAUGAAGAUAACUUGGGCGUCAAUUUAAACCAGAGUCCUGAUGGUAACUUGAUUGGCAAUAGUUUAGAGAAAGAAUUAUCUGGUCAAAAUUUAACUUCUUCAUCUGACUGGUCUCAGCUGAAUCUGUCAGAACUUGAUGAGAGCCAUUUGAUGAAUGGUUAUUCUGACAUUAUGAAUUCUUCUAAAGAUGCAUUGUGUUUGAAAAGUGUUGGUGAUCGAAAACUCAUUUCUAACGGAGAAGCUAAUAAUCAGCAAUCGGGCAAUGAUUUAGAAGAAAACAUUGAAGGAUCCAGUUCUGUCACCUGCGUAGAUAUAGUUCCAAUAUCACAGAGACCAAUCUCUCAUUCUUUAACAGAUGAAAUAACAAUAACAAAGAUUAAUUUUAAUCAUUGUGCAUUUGCUAAUGAUUUCAGCACAGUUGAUGAAAGCACAGAGAAUUCUGGAGCUGAAGUGAAAGCUAGUACUCCAAAUCAUGCUUGUGGUAGAAUGCAAUUGUCAAAGCUACCCGCUUCUGAAAUUCCUUGCACAGAUUAUUAUAAAAUUGAUGGUUCAACAUCAGUUCAACCAUUUGUUGAUGAAUGGCUAGAUUCAAAUUCAGAAACUGUAGCAACCAGACCUUUUCCCUUUUGCAAGAACGAAAGAGCACAUGUGAAGGAGCCCAUGACUACUUUGGAAGAUCAGAAAGUCAGUUUUACAGACUCUGUCAGUAAUGAUAUACCCUUUCAACCUGCUAUAGAUUCCAGAAUGCUCAGGGAUGGUGUUUACUCUGUGACAUAUUCAGAUGCAGCUAAAAAUCCCUCACUGGUUCAGGAUUUGAUAAAAUGUCAAGUAAAUGAGGAAGACUUCACUUUUUUGCUUUCUAGUCUGAAAGAGCGUCCAAGGAAAUUUGUUUACACUGUGCAAGAUUCUUCAAAUCAUCAAGCACAAAUGAACAUACCUCUAGACAUAAUUGAAUUGCAAAAUAAAACACUAAUUCAGCCGAUGGUACUUGAGCCUUCCUGCAAGUUAUCUGCUCAAGAAUCUAGAAAGCGAAAAAUCAAAGUGGCUACCAGCAUUGUUGAUGAUCCUGGCAUUGAUCGCUCUGAAGCCAAUGAGAAACAUGACACUGAAGCAAAUGAAAAUCUGCAACAGAAUCAUUGUCUUCCAAAGCAGUGUGACAGUGUAGAAAACGAAGUGGUGCCUCAGCAUCUUAAGGAUAAAACUGAUGAAAAUGUAUCCGAUGCUCCCAGUAAUGGCAAGAAUUGGGAUCAUUUUGUGAACAGCAAGCCUGUUUCUUGUGACGGAAGAGAUGGUAGAAUUUUUGCCACAGCUUGUCACACAGUGGCUAAAAAGUUGGCUUUUGAGUCUAAAGUGACGUUGACUAAUAGUUUUGGUGCCCAGGCUGAAGUUGCUGAGGACAGUGAUGUACUUUCGGUUGUUAAAUCUGCUCAUCCGGAGAGGACAUGUGUAAUUCAAAACAAUAUUAUACAGAAUAAGGAGAAGUCUUAUUUUGAGUUUAGAUUUUCACCUUUCUCUGAUGCAAAUCAAAGUCCUUUGCAUUAUAAUUGCAGUACAAGAAAACUUGGUGGAAACACAGCUAUCCAUAAUGAGCUUGACAGCAAUUCUACUUUUUUACCAAUUUCUACACCAUUAUCAACCAAGAAACUGUCCUACACUUCAAUUUUAUCUCAUACAGUAUCUUCUCAAUCUUCCUGUAUCACUAAUAUUUUGCACAAAACAAAGAAACUUUAUGAUCUUAAAUGCAAGGGAACUUUGGGGGAAAAAGUUUGUUUUUCUGAAUCCUGGCAACUAAAACCAAGAGGCAACGCGGAGAUAUCAACAUCAUUGAGUAAAGAGAAACAAUUAGAGGAAAGUCUUGAUACUAACAAGGGGUUACUAAAUGAAAAGCAGCGACUUGACUCCCAUACUUGUGUAGAAGCUGAAAAGAGACCGUGUACUAUUAAUGCAGGUUUCCACAUUGGUAAUAGAAAAAUUGCAGUGUUGGCAUCCACUUUGAAGAGCAGAAAACUGAUCGCUGAAAUAGACAAUGAUACAUUCUUGACUUCUUCAAAACCUGUACUGGUGCAGUCAUUGCCAGAAUGUGAAACAAAAUAUGUAGAAAGUACUUGUACAGAAUGCAUGGAUCUAUCUGGCAUUGAAAUUACUAUGAAUGAAUCUUCUAGUUUGACACCAAGCUGUAUGAAUUCUCUUAAAAGAAAAAAUGAAGCUCUUUCUGCCUCCAACACUGAAGCACAGCUGCAUCAGCCUGCCGAGGUUACUCGACCUUCAAAUUCUGUUGUUCUGAAACAACAGGAUUCAGCCAGAGUGAAAUCUCAGAAUGCACAAGGUGACAUUGGUUCUGUGACAGUGACAAAAGAAAUUUGUACACUUUCAGAAAACACACACAAUCCACUGGUAACUGGAAGUUUUGAAUCUUGUCAACAUCGACUCAGUUGCUCGAAACCCUUUGAACAGUGUACAGAUUUAUCUGCUGAUACCAUUUCGAAAGAAGAGCUUGAAAAUGAAAACUUAAAAAUGAACUCUGCACAGGAAGUUGUUUUUGAAUAUGUCCCUUCAAAAAAUAGAGUCAGGAGUCAAGAAAGAUGUAGUCCUUCCUCUUCAGCCAAAGUGGAGGUUAAAACUAAAUCCCCUGAAUCCAAGUUUACCACUGAAAAUGUUAAACUGUGCCCAUCUGACAAUGGAGCAACACAAACUUUUGAUUCCUCUACAAUCUUCUCUCAGCCAAAGUUGCUUGGAAAAUGCACUUAUUUAACUGGUAGUCAAAUAGAACUAACAGAAUUGUUUCGUGUGUUAGAGGACACAGAUACCCAGUUUGAAUGUAUGCAGUUUAGCAAUCAAUCUACAGUCGAAAUAACAAACAAAGAUACAAACCUUCUGAUUAGUGAGCAUUUAGAUCAGACUUCCCCAGCUCCUCCUUUGGAAAAAUGGAAGGAUGUUAAUUUGGUUAAAAGUUUGGGCCUUGAGACUUCCAUGCACUUAGAUAACAAGUCAUGCAAUACACCACAGCAUGUGGCAUCCUCAAAAAUGAGCACCACAUCUGAAAUCUGUUGUCAGAACAUGAAAGAAAUACAGCAAAUUGUAUCAGAUAAUCUUGUUGAUUCCUUUGCCUUGAGCAAUGGAGAGAAAGAUGCAGCAUCGUCAACAGUACCAAAUGUCUGUGUGAAAGCUAUGGAACUUAGCUCAGAUAUUAAAAUUAAACCAGUUACACUUGGUCAAACAGUUCUAUCCCUGAACGACAACACGACAUUUAAGGGGGAAUACAGAGGAUUUUGUGCAGCAAGUGGGAAUAAAAUAAAGCUUUCUGUACAGAGUCUGAGAAAAGCAGCAAACAUUUUCAAGGACAUUGACAAUGAUCAAACUGCUGCUCAGAAUAAUGCAGUUAAUGGUUUCAGCUAUUUACUGGGCAAUUCUGUUACUAAGUCUGAAAACUUAAUUGAGGAUAAAUCAGAUGAUCAAAAAUCUGUAGAAGCUAACGAGUUGCAUCAGCUAUGUGCAGCUCUUGGCAAUCAUUCAUCUGCUUAUAGUAAAAGUGAGGGUAUAUUGAAAAGUGGACAUAAAAUUGAAAUCCGUGAUAAAUACGUAAGUGGUUUCCAGUCAGUCGGGAGAAAGAGAUUCACUGAAUCUGAAGAAGCAAUGCAAGAUAAAACAGUAUAUUUGACCACUAAAUCAAAUGUCUUGAAAAAUUUUGACACUGAGAACAAAGGGAAACAGAGUACAAUUGAAAAUGCAACUUGGGAAAAGAGCACAUGGCAACCUGCCUGCAGUGGCACUAAAGAUACUGGGAACAAGGAAUUAGGUAACAGUGAAAUAUAUCCUGAAAUGAAGUGUUUCCAGACUGCAAGUGGUAAAAGAGUCACGGUGUCUAAAGGAAACUUGGAUAAAGCAAAACGCUUAUUUGAGACUGAAGAUUUCUUUAACGAAAACUUGCAAAACUCCAAGCUUCCAAUUGAAGUAGCAAAAAAUGCACCUCAACACCCUGAUGAGAGAGUAAAUAUUUUAGAAAGCCAUGUGGUGAAAAAUGAUGUAAGUAUGCAACUCAGUGACCCAAGAGGGAGAAUUCAGACAGAAUUAAAUGUUACAGUUUGCCCUACAUUUAUAGUUCACUCUAAGAGCAAUAUUUCUGAAACUAAUUCCAUUCAAAAUAGGUCACUGUAUGCUGCUCCAGGCACUAGCAUGAAAGGAUUUCAAACUGCUAGUGGUAAGUUAGUUCCUGUAUGCAAAGCAUCUCUUGAUAAAGCAAAAGUUCUAUUUGCUGAGGAGGAUGUAUUGCAUAAACCUAAAAAAGGUUCUACUGAAACAUCUUCAACUGUAUCUGCUUGUCCACAUACAGGUUCAUCGGUAAUUCAGAAUGCAAAGAAGAAACCGUUGAUGAAUGUCCACAGUCCUGAAUUGCUUCACCAUAUCAAUUCUAAAAGUGAAUUGCAUCCGUUUUCUUUUCAAAGCAAACCUGUGUCUGAGCAUUCGAAUCUGUCCAAUAGUACAGAAAUGAGAGGUUUCCAGACUGCUAGUGGUAAAAGAGUCAAUGUGUCAGAAAUGGCCUUAAGUAAAGGAAGGGCUUUAUUUGUUGAAGAGGAUUUUAAUAAAUUGGGAAUUCAAGACUAUUUAAUAUCAUCCAUAGAUAAUAAAAAUGUGCUUUCUGAGGACAAUAUUUUAAAUGAUAAAGAAGCUAACCUUCCACAGAGGUUAAAUAUGACUCAUCUGAUGACUGUUCUUCCAGUUAAGCAAUCAUUAGAGUUCUUCACUGCAAAUGGCGACAUUGUUUCAGGAAGUGAGACAAAUGUGAAAUAUGUGCAAGAAAAAUUUUCAGCUGAUGAGCCUGGGGACAGCAAAAUUUCAAUUUCAGAUCAAGAUGCUUUUGAUGUAUCUAAGCCUUCUCAACAGUUUUUAAAUACAGGAUCUAUUGCUUUUGGUACAGCAAGUGGCAAGUCUGUAUGUGGUUCAGAAGAGUCUUUGAAGAAAUGUAAACACUUAUUUAAUGAUGUGAGAGUUAGUGAAAAAAUUAAGAUUAUGGACAAUGGUAUGACCUCCAAGGAAAAGCAAGGAGAAGAAACAUGGAAUCCAGACACCUCCAUCAAAAAGGCAUUUCUUGGGUUCAACACAGCAAGUGGAAAAUCUGUUUUUGUUUCUGAUGAUGCACUUCAGAAAGUUAAGCAUGUGUUAAAAGAAUUUGACAAUAGUGAUUCUUCUAUAAUUAGCUCAAAAGCUGCAUUUUGCAAAAAUCCUCAAAUGCUGUUAACAUCCACCUGUUCUUCAUCAUUGUUUUCUAACGCUGCUAUGAGCAGGGACCAAGCAUGUGAAGAAGAAAGUUCAGAAUUGAUUCAUAAAUCAUCAAAUAACUCUGCAGAGAAUAUUUCGGUCUUGCAAAAUUCUCCCCAGGUAGAGUUAAAUGAAAGAGAGAUAGACAGAUCUACAAGAAAUUUUGCAGAUUAUUCAAAUAAGAGUGUUUUCAUGUCUGGCUUUCAAACUGCUAAAGGGAAAAGAGUAAUGGUAGAAGAAAGUAGUUUAGCUGCAGCAAGAAUGCAUUUAGCUUCAACUGAAAAUGGUGAAUUGGGUCAUUCUCCUGAGAGAGUAAAUAUGCCCACUGGAAGCAGAAUUAAAUCAAUUUCCACCAUGAACAAUGAAUCUGCAUGUAUAGUGCAUGCUUUGAAUUGCAAACAUAGCAUGUAUCCCAAUAUAUUGGAAAACAACAUGGCAAAAGUAGCUGUGGAGGGUUUAAACGCUCUGGUGAAAGAUGAUAAACCUUUUGAUACUACACCACACAAGUCAUUUCGAAAAUCCUAUGGCAGUAUCAAUCAAUCUGUUAGACCAAACUUAAAAACGGGAAAAAGACUCCGAUCAGAAGGAAAGACUACAGCAGGGGAACCUCUCCCAAAAAGGCAGCUGCUAUCUGAAUUUAACAGAACUAUACACAGUGAUCGCAAAGUUGAAUUCAAACCUUUACUAUGUAAUCCUGAAGGAGUACUUUGUGACCGAAGGAAAUUCAUGUAUAUUGUCCCAGUGAAAUCUGUUGCUUGUGGUCUAUCUAUAGACAAAAGUGCUUCAAACAGAAUUCAUCAGCAGUCGAUUUCUCCCAAUGUCACGUUCCCUAUCCAAGAAAACUCAAUUCAGCAUAAUUUGUGCCUUCAACAUGAAGUCAGUUCACUGAAAGGACAACGGGCAGUAUUCAAACCUCCAUUCCAUUGCAUUGAGCAGAACAGCAGUGGACAGACUACAUCAAAGCCAGCAAAGAUUUUUGUCCCACCAUUCAAAACUGUUUCAAAUUCAAGUCAAAUGGAAAGCCAAGAUAAUGUGAAAUUCAUCAAUUCUUCAAUUCCAGCUGAAAUAGGGAUUUCAGCAAAGGCUAUGAAUCUCAAUACACUGGUGCAAGAGGACAGCAUAUUAAAACAUAAUUCAGUACUACCUAGAAAUAUUCAAGACGAACUCCAGUCAGUGUCUGAUACUUCAGAAGAACUUCAACCUGCUGCUGAAGGUAUCUCUAGGACAGUUCAGAACCUGAGAUGUGCAAGAGGUCUUCAGGAGAAGAGGUUAAUCCAGAAGCAAAAGCAAGUUAUUCGUCCACAGCCAGGGAGUUUGUACAGGAUUAAAAACUCUGGUGGACCAAGACUGUCUUUGCACUCAGCAGUUGAAGGGAAACUUCCAACCUCUUUCACAGAAGAGCAGCUAUACACUUACGGAGUCAGCAGAGGUACUUUGAAGGUACGAGCAGAAAAUGCCGAAUCAUUUCAGAUCAACAGUCGAGAAUUUUUCAGCGAGGAACUGGUUAAAGCUGGAAAUGGAUUGCAGCUUGCUGAUGGUGGUAGGCUUAUACCUGACGAUAAUGGAAUGGCAGGAAAAAGUGAAUUUUACAGAGCUCUUUUAGAUUCUCCUGGUGUAGAUCCCAGAUUAAUUAAUGAAGCUUGGGCCUACAAUCAUUAUAAAUGGUUAGUGUGGAAAUUUGCAGCAAUGGAGAUAGCAUUCCCCAAAGAGUUUGGUGGCAGGUGCCUGACACCAGAAGCAAUUCUUCUGCAACUUAAAUACAGGUAUGAUGUAGAGAUUGAUCAGUGUUAUCGAUCUGCCUUGAAAAAAAUUAUGGAAAGGGAUGAUGUGGCAGCAAAAACACUUGUGGUUUGUAUUUCUAAGAUAAUAUCAAUGGGAACAAAAUCAUCUCAAAAUAACCCAGAUCUUGAUGAUGCAACUAAACAGUCAAAAACUGUAACUGACAAGUGCAUCAUCGAAGCAAAGAAGGUUGUGCACUUUGGAGUUGUUGAAGUCACUGAUGGCUGGUACGGAAUUAAGGCCCUUCUGGAUCUUCCACUCACAUCACUUCUGCAGAAAGGAAGACUUGUAGUUGGUCAAAAAAUCAUUGUCCAUGGGGCAGAGCUUAUUGGGUCACCGGAUGCUUGUACACCGCUGGAAGCUCCAGAAUCACUAAUGAUAAGAAUUUCAGCCAAUGGUACCAGAUCAGCUCGAUGGUAUGCUAAGCUAGGAUUUCACCGUGAUCCUCGACCUUUCCCAUUACCAAUAUCUUCUCUCUUUAAUGAAGGUGGAAUGGUUGGUUGUGUUGAUGUAAUUGUUGUUCGAGUUUACCCUAUGCAGUGGAUGGAAAAGAAAUCCAACGGAACGUAUGUAUUUCGGAAUGAACGGGCUGAAGAACGAGAGGCUCAGAUACAUUAUGAAAAUCAGCAGAGAAAGUUGGAACUGUUGUAUGCCGACACUGAAGCUGAACUGCAAGAACGAUAUGGAGUUGACAAAAAGAAAAGCAGAGAACACAAAGUGGAGAAGUUAAGUGACCAACGGAUCAUGAUGCUUCAAGAUGGUGUAGAUUUGUAUGAAGCAAUUCAGAAUUCUUCAGAUCCAUUAUCUGUUGAGGUAAUCAAAUGUUUUUUAAUUUUGUGGACUUUUAUGUGGAAACCCACUCAUUUUUCUUCCAAAAUAGUUUAUAUGUUAAGUAUCUGGCGCCCAGUUGCUGAUCUACGUUGCCUCUUGAAGGAGGGUGGAAGAUAUUGUAUCUAUUAUUUGACCACAUCAUCAUACAAGAAUCGGCUAAACCAUGCUGAUCUGCAGUUGACUGCCACAAAGAAAACUAGAUACCAACAGCUGCAGCCAUCUCCCGAAGUGUUGGAAAAACUCUAUCAACCGAGGCAGGCAGUGGCCUUUAGAAUGCUCGUUGAUCCAUUCUUUAGAGCCUUUUGCAAGGAGGUGGACUUAGCAGGAUAUGUGAUCCACAUUUUGGGAAAAUCAGGUGUACCUACAACUGUGUACCUGGCUGAUGAAAACCAGGAUCUGGUGGCUGUAAAGAUUUGGGGAGGUUUAGGCCAGCUGGUUUUGGAAGAUACCAUCAAACCAGGUGCCUUGGUUGGUGCAAGCAAUUUACAGUGGAAAUCAUGUAGGUACAUGGGUAUUCCUACUCUGUCCACUGGGGAUCUUUCCAGCUUCUCUGCAAACCCAAAGGAAGGACAUCUACAGGAAAAGUACACUCAACUGCAACUUUCUGUUCAGAAUCUACAGAGUUUCAUUAAGAAAACUGAGGAAAAGGUGAUGACUGUGCUUGAAACAGUAAAUACUCCAAGGACAUCCAGAGAUUUGGGUACUCAUCCAUUUGUUCCUACUCAAAGGAUAUCGGGCUCUGUUUCAGAUAGUAGCACUCUGCAUACACCAUCUAAUUCUGAAAGUAAGAAACAGAUACUUUCACCAUCUGUAGAAUUUGGAUCGGGACCUGCUUUGUGUAUUACAGAAGCAACAUCUAGUGAUUCGAUAGCAAAUUUGAAGAAGAAGAAACUUAGUUUUUUGUCUCGGAUUCCUUCUCCUGCUCCAUUGUCUCCCCUUUGUAGUUCUGUUUCACCAGCUGUACAGAAAGGCUUUAAACCACCAAGGCGAUGUGUUAUCCCUCAAAACCAUGAAGCAACAAUUCAAGCUGGAACUAAUAAACUUUCCUCUUUGAAGAGAACUGCAGUUUCCAAAAUAGCUGAUGAUAAUUGGGUCACGGAUGAAGAACUUGCAAUGAUAAACACUCAGGCACUUCGAGAAGGUUGGGAAAAUGGACACAGUAAAAAUGAGGAAGGAAAGAUUACAAAGACACAAAUGAUCAUUCCAAAGAGUAUUACCUUUUCAUCUGAAAAUAUUAAAAGUCACCUUGACAUUAAUCUUGGGUCUCAAACUUCAAAAAUAGCUGAGGACAACUGGGUUACAGAUGAGGAACUUGCAAUGAUAAAUACACAGGCACUUUUUGAAGGUUGUGCUAAUGAGAGCAAUGAAAGGGACAGAGAAAAGAUUCAAAGAUCCCAAAUUGUCAGUAGUAGGAACCUUGCCUUAUUGCCACAAAAUGGUGAAUUUGGGAGCAAAGUUUCCAAGAUUGUUAAUAAUUCGAUUACAGAUGAAGAACUUGCGAUGACAAAUAUACAAGUGCCUUGUGAAUGUUGUGUUAACGGGAGCUGUGAAAAUAACAAGGGCUCAUGUGAAAAGGUGCAAAUUGUCAGUUCUAAUGACUCUACAUCUUUGCAGCAAAAUGACGAAACAUUGCUUGAAUGUGAAUUUGAGACAGUCAUUGCUUCACUAAAUAAAAGUUCACCUGUUGUCUCUCAGUCCAAAAGAAGGCGCACAAAUGAAAUUAAUAUGGGAAAUUCAAAUGAAGACACUUGUCAAUCUGAAAGAAAAAUUGGCCCUGCACAAAACACUGGUUGCGACAAAGUUGAAGCUCAGGUUGAGGAUGAUUUACAUAACAAACAGGUUUUGCCUUGUAAAUGGCAGAGGAAUAGAAAAUAAAAAUUGAGGUUCUUUUCCACUACAUUUAGAGUACAUAUUGUUGAGGACUGAAUGUUCUAUUUAAAGUGAUCUAUGCUCUGGUGUUCCCUACAUUAGUGUGUAAGGUUUGUAAAUGCAACUUGUACUGGUUUUGAAUAAACUAUUUUCUUUAUA